AUGGUAUUUUUUCGCGACAUUAAAUUUGAAAAUCAAUCAUUGAAAAUACCAUUCCGAGAUUAUAAUUUCUCAAUCACAAUCGAGACAUCAACCACGAGUCAGAAUCAACAAGCAAUACUUUCUUUUAACGAUCAUAAUGAUCAACGAGCAAGCCAAUUUCCUGCAAACAUUCGUUGUAAAGACGAAACAAAUGACAAAUAUUUGUCAAACGGAAUGAGCUUCAAGCUUUUUUUCCCAAACAAAUAUGCAGUAUAUUUUGACGAUGAAACACGCAAACUCUGUUCUUUCACUUCUACAAUAAUUAAUGGUGUAUAUGCUUUCAAAAUUCUCAAAUUUGACUCAAGAAAUGAAAAUAACAUGGACUUGAGCUGGUAA